UCGGUACCAAGGGUCAUCGUCUUGCCGGCGCAGGAAACAUCGUGUGUGAAUAUACGUACAAUUCCGGGCAUCGUCCCUAAAGAUAAUAAUCCGCAGGAGUCCUGAUGAAGAAUCGUCGUGCACGCAACGUCUCGCGGCUGUCGUUGUUUGAUUGACAUUUUUCCCCGAAAGAAACCGGUAAAGUCUACUCGAUCAUUAUGUCAACCAAGACCGCAAUACGAAAGAUGGAAUCCGCCAAUUUCGAGUAUCGCGCCGGCGACUCGAAAUUCCCACUGGGUGUGUACUCGAUCCAUCCACCAUUGGUAUGCGAUCGUAUGCUCGAUGACAAACAGAUUCAUUCAAGAAGAAGUAAUGCGUAUGAAGGAAAAGAGGUUGGAAAGAUAAGGGAUAAAAACGGUACGAGAAAGUAUCUGAUUCCUUCGAAGAUGUCUACGAUCUAUCCGAAGAUCAUGACCAAGAAAGAGUAUGAAGACCUGAAGGAACGCAGUCGCGUGAUCACAAAGGAAGAAAGAUUAGCGGCCGCGAAAGCCGCGGAGAAGGAGAAGGAGAGAUUGACGAAAGAAAGUAUCGAGCGCAAAGAAACGAUCCGCAGGAUGGACAUAAAGAAGGAUCGUGAGAAAGAUCCGAAAACGAGGGAAAUCGAGGAGGAGGCGAGAAGACGAACGAUGCACGUCCUCGAGCGUGCAUACAACAUGCGUAUGGAGCAAAAGAAGGAGAUACAAAAGUGCAAUCAGCUUAUCCUAGAAAGCAAAUGCCGAGCUAUUCGCGAUGCCCAAAUUGCGGAAAGAAAGCUGAUAGAACGAGAGCUUCACGAAGAAGAGAAACGGCUGAACGAUAUGAUGGAAAAUGAGAGGAGAUGGGCGAUCAAGGAAGAAUUGCGGAAAGAGCAGGAGGAGACGGCCAAGAGGCUGCAAUUCGCAAAGUUUCUGAAGGAGCAAAUCGUGGAAAACGAGGAGCAACGAAUCCUCGAGUUUGAGAGGAAGCAGGAGGAAAGCCGGCUCAUCAAUUUAAAUAAUAUCGCAUGGCAACAAGACGAGAUCGAGAAGCUGCGCGACAAAGAGGCCGAGAACAUUAAAGUGCGACAGGAACUUGCGGAGGGAAACAAACAAUUGAAACAUUUUAAGACUAUGGAACAAGAGGAGAAUAAAAUUAUAGACAUAAGGAUACAAAAUUAUUAUCGACUAAAGGGGGAACGAGAGGCUAAAAAGGUGGAGGAACAGAGAUUGGAAAAAUUAAGAAAGGAACGAGAAAAAGCCAGAGUGGCGACGCAAACGAUGCAAGCGCAUGAAUUCCAGGCGCGAAUUGACGAAAUCAACGCGGCUCGAGUUCAGGAAGAAGUAGAACGGGAAUGGAGACAAAGGGAGAAGGAAGAAGCGUUAAAGAAACUGGAAGCUCAGAGGACUCUUCAGAAAGAUAGAGAGGAACAAAUAAAUAAUAAGAGAGUAAUGCAAGCUACCGAGAUCGAACGAGAUAGGCGGGAAUUCGAGAAGAUCGUACGCGUGCAACGAGCAGCUUUUUGCAAAGAAAAGAAGGAACUCGAACAGAAACAACAACAGAUUUUAAUCCAUCGCAACGAAAUAUUAAAGCAGGUAAAUGAGAAGGAACGAGAACGUAUCGCUGAACGACAAAAGAUGUUUGCAGAAGGCCUAACCAUCCGCGCAGAGACUGCGAUACGCAAGAAGAAAUUGCAAGACGCAAUGGAACGAAAAUGCCAGAAAAUGAGAGAAAACAAAGUACCAGAUAUUUACAUUAAUGAAGUAAAACGAAUGAUCGAAAGUAUUUAAUGAAUUAUUCCAUCAAACUUAUGAAAACAAAUAUGAAAACUUUUAAGUCUAGUUUUAAAGAUGGCAAAGAUCACAUAUCCUUUUGAUUUUAUUGUACACAUAUAUGCAUAUAUACAAAACUAUGUAUAAAUAUGGUGUUAUGCAAGAAACACAAAUUAUAUUUAAAAAUCCUUAUCGAGAGAAUGGUAGAUUUGUGCUAAUACAAAAUUGUUUACAUGAAUAUAUAUAGUUGGUG